AUGGAUGCGGCUGCGCUCCUCUGCAACAUCUGCCCCAAGUGCCCAAGGUUCAGCGAUGUAUCCCAUCUACUGACCCACGUAUCUUCCAAAGCUCAUCUAUCUCAUUACUUCAAAUUGCAAGUCCGCAGUCACCAGGAAUCGCAGGCUGUGGCCUUACUCGAGGAAUACGAUCGAUGGUACAAAUCAAACAAUCUGGCAAAACUACUGUCCGAUCGGAUGUCAUCAAAAGAUGUUCGGAAGAAGCCCCAUGGUAAGGUAUCAGCUCAGAAAAAGGCCUUCGCUGCGAGACGGGACGGCGGAUGCAAAUUCAACGUCUCAAAUGUCAGUCCUUCGAUUCGCAAUGCUCUUCCAGAUUACCUGGAUCCACGACUGGCUGAUUCCUGUCUGAAGGUGGAGUCAGGUUUUGGUGAUGGGUCCACACCCGGGUCCAUGAGCUACAUUCCUUCGGUGGCCUCCUCAUUUGCCGAGAAUUCAGUUUACGGAGACGACUUGUAUCCUUCACUGUGUACCAAUGCGUCCCAAGAGCCUCUGCAGUCAAUGUUCGGUCAAUGGAAACAAGAACCCGGGCUGGAUAUCGAAGAAGGAAUGUCGACUUUUCAAAGCACGCCCAGUUGGACUAGAACACUAGAGCUCAUGGCGAACACGGCCACACAGGUUUUAGACAAGCCUCCGAAUUCUGAUCCGUUCAUUGAUGACAAUGAUGCGGAAGCAGAUAAAGAGCGGGCGGAGGAGAUUGCUAGGCUGAAGGGCGUCCUGUGGCCUGGAAUGGACAUUUUCGAUUCUGCCACUGAGCAAAUGAGACGCAAGCGCAACCAGAAGAAAGAUGAAAGCAUCCUGAGAAUGAUGGAGAAAACAUCCAUGUGCGUCGAACCUACGGAGCUAAUCUUCUCUCCUACUGGUGCUUUGCGGAAGCAACGCGUCAUCUCCGGUAAUGUUGAAGACAGCAGUCCUCUGAAAGGAGAAACUCCAAUCCCAAGACGACGGGCAAAUCGUCCCAAAAGGAUCCUAUCUCAAACAGAUCCUAACAUUUAUCGGAGACAGGAUCAAAAGCGCAACAAAAUGUCAAGCAAGCCUGUCCUAGGAAGUGUGGAGGAUUCGGAUCAACGAAACUUGUAUUGUCCGCAUAGUCCACUUCAACUGCAAGCUCGCUUUGGAAACAAUUGCUCGGGUGAAGAUGAUACUGAUGAGCUUGUUCUGUCUUUCAAUCACCGGAAGCCGCGAUUUCGCAACGAGUUCAAUGUUUUCCAUGAUCGAUCUAACCAAGGCAGACCAGGAUUACUUGAUCAGCAUUACGGAGAUGGACUGCUCUCUUCCGAAUCACCCUUGCUCAAACAAAACUCUAUAAUUAAUGGGUCUUUUCAUCCAAUACACAAUGGGUCAUAUACUUCAAGCACAGUGAGAAGCUCGGCUCCUUUUGGGUUUGGGAAGGAGAAUCUUGAGCCGCUCUUCAAUGGUCAUGGCCGGAUCGACCCUCUGGUAGGCUGGACAUCGCCUAGUGUGAAACGACCGGCAGAAACUGGUACAGGAUAUCCACCUCAAUACUUCUUUGGUGACGCGCAGUGCAUCGGGAUCAGUCCUUUCGAGAGUCACGACAGCCAUGCAGGGUUCUCAUACAAUCCCUUGGCUGCCUCCUUCUCAAAGCUUCCCCUUGACGAAAGCAUAUACACGCAUGAGGCCGAAAAACCCUUUGUCACCCAAUCUGUGACACGAACAACUUCUCCAGAUGCAACUAUAUCCGAUGUUGAUGACGAUGAUUUUGAGCGUCUUUAUUUAGAUGGAAGCUCUUGCUAG